AUGGCCGCCGCCGCUGCCGCUGCCGCUGCCGCCGCCACCACGACUGCCUCUGCCACCUCCGCCUCAAUUUCCCACCGUUCCCCUCUCUGUAACUCCGUCGACAAACCAUCUCCUGCCUUCUCUAAACCCAUCUUUAAACCUUUACACAAAACAUUGUCGUUCACUCUCACUCACAAAGCCCGUUCAUCAACCGCUGCUAAAAACCCAAUCUCCGACGUCAUUUCAUCAUCGGAAUCAUACCCAGAUGGAGAGGAUUUAAUAUUUGACGAAGACGAUAAACCUCGUGAAGAGUGCGGCGUUGUGGGUGUCUACGGCGACCCAGAAGCCUCACGUCUCUGCUACUUAGCUCUCCACGCCCUCCAACACCGCGGCCAAGAAGGCGCCGGGAUAGUCACCGCCACAGCCGAGGGCGUCCUCAAGUCCGUCACCGGCGUCGGCCUCGUCUCAGAAGUCUUCAACCAAUCAAAACUCGACCAACUCCCUGGAGACAACGCAAUAGGGCACGUCCGCUACUCCACCGCCGGUCAAUCUAUGCUCAAAAACGUCCAGCCCUUCGUCGCCGGUUACCGGUUUGGCCGCGUCGGCGUCGCCCAUAACGGAAAUCUGGUAAAUUAUCAAACCCUAAGAGCUGAGUUAGAAGAAAACGGCUCAAUUUUUGGAACUAGUUCAGAUACCGAAGUUGUUCUGCAUCUAAUCGCCAUAUCUAAACAAAGACCCUUCUUCCUAAGAAUCGUUGAAGCUUGUGAAAAGCUCAAAGGAGCUUAUUCCAUGGUGUUUAUAACAGAAGACAAAUUAGUCGCAGUUCGAGACCCAUAUGGAUUCCGGCCAUUAGUAAUGGGAAAACGAAGCAAUGGCGCCAUAGUUUUCGCAUCUGAAACCUGCGCUCUCGAUCUAAUCGAAGCUAAAUACGAAAGAGAAGUUAACCCAGGUGAAGUUUUAAUCGUCGACAAAGACGGCAUCCAAUCACUCUGUUUAAUGCCACACCCAGAACCCAAAUCAUGCAUCUUCGAACACAUCUACUUCUCUCUACCCAACUCCGUCGUGUUCGGGAAAUCCGUCUAUGAAUCCCGCCAGCAAUUCGGGGAAAUCCUCGCCACAGAGUCGCCGGUCGACUGUGACGUGGUGAUUGCAGUCCCAGAUUCCGGCGUGGUGGCGGCGAUAGGGUACGCAAACAAAGCCGGAGUUCCAUUCCAACAAGGAUUAAUCCGGUCACAUUACGUUGGUCGAACAUUCAUCGAACCCUCUCAAAGGAUUCGUGAUUUUGGGGUCAAAUUGAAGCUUUCACCUGUAAGAGCGGUUUUGGAGGGAAAACGUGUGGUGGUGGUGGACGACUCCAUUGUUAGGGGGACAACAUCAUCAAAAAUAGUCCGAUUAUUAAAAGAAGCAGGUGCAAAAGAGGUUCAUAUGAGGAUUGCAAGUCCUCCGAUCAUAGCAUCUUGUUACUAUGGUGUUGAUACACCAAGUCCUGAAGAAUUGAUAUCAAAUCGAAUGAAAGUUGAGGAGAUUCGGGAGUUUAUUGGGGCGGAUUCUUUGGCGUUUCUUGAAAUUGAUAGUUUGAAGAAGAUGUUGAAGGGCGAUUCGGGGAAUUUUUGUUACGCGUGUUUUUCAGGGGAUUAUCCGGUGGUUCCGAGUGGGCUUGUGAAACGGGUCGGGGAUUUUGUGGAUGAUGGGUUGAAUGGGAGUAUCGGGUCGAUUGAUGGGGGGUGGCUUGAAGGAUCGAAAGAAAACAAAGGGGAGGAUUUGGAUGUGAAUUAUGAAGAACAAGUUCCUGUUUAG